AUGAUAAUCAAUAUUAAUUCUAUCAGUGUGGCUGCAGCUAAUCGUCUUAAUAUCAUAUUCGUUAUCAGCAAAGUAUUGACUAUUUUAACAGUAAUAAUAGCUGGUCUUAUACGAAUAGGAAAAGGACAUACACAAAACUUGCAAAAUAGUUUUGAAGGUACAACAAAAAAUCCAUUGACUGUUGCACUUGCAUUAUAUUCUGGUCUUUGGGCAUAUGAUGGAUGGAAUUGUCUUAAUUCAGUGACAGAAGAACUAAAAAAUCCUAAAAGAAAUCUAUGGUUAUCUAUUGUAUUGGCUUUACCUACUGUUAUAGUUCUUUAUGUUCUUACUAAUAUUUCUUAUUUUACUGUAAUGAAUACAGCAGAAUUACUUAAUUCCAAAGCUGUUGCUGUAACAUGGGGUGAAUCUGUAUUAGGUCCAGUUGUACGUGUUUUACCUAUUCUAAUUUCUAUUAGUGCAUUAGGUAGUGCUAAUGCAAGUCUCUUUGCAUCUGCUCGAUAUUGUAUGGUUAGUGCACAGUAUGGAUAUUUGCCAGAAGUAUUUGCAUGUAUUCAUAUAAGAAGAUUGACUCCAGUGCCUGGUGUUGUUCUUCAGGGUACAAUUGCAAUUAUGUUUUGUCUUCCAAGUAAUAUUGAAGAUUUGAUCAAUUUUUUUAGUUUUGCAGCAUGGAUUUUUUAUGGAUUAACAUUUGUUGCUACACUUUGUUGUAAAUUUACACAUAAGGAUGCAGAACGAGUAAUAAGUGUUAGUGUCUAA